ACCGAGGAGCGCACAAAACACGCGAAAACACCACAGCAGUACGCUCGCGAGCGCCUCACACGCAUUUAACAAAUUGUCUUUAACUUUAAACUCACAACAAUCAAAACAACCCUUUAAAAAAUUUUAACAUAAAAAACUUAAACUUAAAACAAAACCAGUGUUUAAAUCAUUUAAAAAUAUUUCAAAGCGUUUCAAGAUGAAACUCGGAUUGUUUGUCGCCUUGCUACUCUUAGUCGGCAACGUGGAGCGCAUCAAGGCGCAAAACACUCUCAUCGAAGCCAUCCCGGAACCAAUCAACAAGGAAAUGAAGGAUCCACUGGACUGUCACCGAAGUACUUACACCUAUCGUGUGACUCAAAGCGAUGCAGUUGGGAAACAAUGCUGGGAUACUGUCACUGUUAUGGCUUGCUGGGGAAGAUGCGACUCAAACGAGAUUUCCGAUUGGCGUUUCCCAUACAAAAAGUCCUCACACCCUGUCUGUGUCCACUACGGUCGUAGCCAAGCCGUAGUCCAACUGCGACAUUGCGAAGAAGGCGCCUCUGAAGAUGCUCGUCGCUACGAGUACCUGGAGGCGGCCGGCUGCCGCUGUCAGUUGUGCUCAUCGUCGGAUACAUCCUGCGAAGGAUUGCGAUAUCGUCCGCAUCGUUCGCAUCCCGAUCAACUUGGAUUCCGCGCUUAAUUUCAGAGAGAUAUAAACUUGAUUUAAAAACCCAAGCGAAAAAAUUCUGUACUUGUAUAAACAUGUCUCGAACGGUUUAUUACUCCUGCACAUCUAAUUAGCGCUUUUUAUUAUAUCGAUAUAAAGGCGGAGUGGGCGGUUAAAGCUCGUCAUAGGCUGGGUGAUGAGCUUUCACUUGUGUACACAAUCGUAUAAUAUUUAUUAUGUUUUUCUAUGUUGGUUAAUACCUGUGUAUUGGGAUUAUUUGAU